AUGGAUCUUAUGCUACCAGAAAAGUUCCAGCACAUUCUUCGUGUUAUGAAUACGAAUAUCGAUGGCCAACUUAAAAUAAUGUAUGCCAUAACUUCAAUUAAAGGUGUUGGCCGACGAUAUGCCAAUGUAGUAUGUAAAAAAGCUGAUAUCGACCUUAACAAGCGUGCUGGUGAACUAACUGAAGAUGAGGUUGAAAAGCUUGUAACAGUUAUGAGUAAUCCAAGGCAGUACAAGAUCCCUGAUUGGUUUCUAAACAGACAGAAAGAUGUCGACGAUGGCAAACACUCACAAUUGAUGUCCGGUGCUUUGGAAACUAAGCUACGUGAGGAUCUUGAGCGAUUAAAAAGGAUAAGAUCUCAUCGGGGUAUACGUCACUAUUGGGGAUUGCGAGUUCGCGGUCAACACACAAGAACAACUGGACGACGUGGACGAACAGUUGGUGUAUCUCGAAAGAAAUAA